CUGAGCUUGUUUGUUACCAGACUCCAGUCAAUGCUAUCGACCAGACUCAAGUUGAUGCUGUUCUAGCUCUCUACGUACCCGCAUUCCUUCGACCUGCCCCAAAUGCUGUUAUCGAGGGGACCCGCGCGGUCGCGUGUUGGAGCUUCGGGGCCGCUAGCGGUGGCGCUGCGGCGCUUAUUUAGCUCUGCACCGGAAGUUUCACAAGCGGAAUCCAGCGCUGGGGCGCUGAAAGAGUUUCGGGCGCAAGUUCAGGAGUUUGCUCAGCAGGCUAUAGCCCCUCACGCCGAAGCCAUCGACCGUGAGAAUGACUUUCCAACAUCGGUGAACCUAUGGAAGGAGCUCGGGAGCUUCGGGCUACUCGGCAUUACGGCCCCAUCAGAGUACGGCGGACUGGGCCUAGGCUACUCGGAGCAUUGUGUGGCGAUGGAGGAGAUAAGCCGUGCCAGCGGCGCAGUGGGGCUGAGCUACGGCGCGCACAGCAACCUAUGUGUAAACCAGAUCGUGCGCAACGCCAGCCCGGCCCAGAAGGCCAAGUACCUGCCCAAGCUCAUCACAGGCGAGCACGUGGGGGCGCUGGCGAUGUCGGAGCCGGGCAGCGGCAGCGACGUGGUGUCCAUGAAGUGCCGCGCGGAGCGGGUGGGCGGCGGCGCCGACGAGCGCUACGUGCUCAACGGCAACAAGAUGUGGUGCACCAACGGGCCCAAGGCCAACGUGCUGGUGGUGUACGCCAAGACGGACCCGGCUGCUGGCCCCCGCGGCAUCACGGCCUUCCUGAUCGAGAAGGGCAUGAAGGGCUUCAGCACGGCCCAGAAGCUGGACAAGCUGGGCAUGCGCGGCAGCGACACGUGCGAGCUGGUUUUUGAGAACUGCGAGGUGCCGGCUGAGAACGUGUUGGGCGGCGUGGGCCGUGGCGUGGCGGUGAUGAUGAGUGGGCUGGACUAUGAGCGACUGGUGCUGGCGGCGGGCCCCUGCGGCCUCAUGGCGGCGGCACUGGAUGCCGCACUGCCCUACGCCACACAGCGGAAGCAGUUCGGACAGGCCAUCGGGGAGUUCCAGCUGAUCCAGGGCAAGCUGGCCGACAUGUACACCCGGCUGCAGUCCUCACGCGCCUACGUGUACGCGGUGGCGGCGGCGGCGGACAGCGGCACGCCCGCAGACCGCAAGGACUGCGCCUCAGUUAUCCUAAUGGCGGCGGAAAAUGCGACUCAGUCGGCGCUGGACGCAAUCCAGAUCCUGGGUGGUAACGGCUACAUCAAUGACUACCCCACCGGCCGCCUGCUGCGAGAUGCCAAGCUGUACGAGAUCGGCGCGGGCACCAGUGAGAUCCGGCGCUACCUGAUCGGCCGCGAGCUGUUCAAGGAGAGCUCGGAGGGGCGGCUGAAGCAUGUGUAGAUGGGUAGGGGUGAAGUGUGAGCGGGCAGGCAGCGGUUGCAAGCGGGGUUGAGGCGCGGGCGUGUAUUGAGUAGCAGGAGCAGCAGCAGGAGAAAGAGGAGCAGGUGGACUCGUGUACACAUGGACCAGUAUGUAGGUGCAAGACCAUUGCAUACUGGCUUAUCUAGAUUUUCAGAUUGCGAAGAUACGCAGCAAGCGCUUGCAUCGUGUUGAUGAAUGCAUGCUUGUUGUCUGCAUGUCAUAUCACAGGUAGGGGGUAACCUGCCCAAUGUACCAUACUCUUAUGUACGAAAAAUUAUUGGGGGCCAGUCGGUGCCAGGACAGGCGGCUUGCGCGACGUGGUUUGCGUUGCACGGUGCAGUAGUUGUACAAUGUGCUGGGGUUGUGUGCGUUGGUUGCGUCUCACUUCGCCGCUUUACUUGUAUCAUAGAAUGAGCCAGCGUGGUGCAUGAAUCUGCCCGCCUGUGGUGGACGCAGUACACGAAGCAGCGUACGGAUCUGCGGGGCUUGUGUGUGGCUCGGGCCCCACGAUGUUAACAUAGAAGCUGCAUAAGUAUAUCCUUAAGGCGCCAGUACUUGCGCGUUGCAAGCGGAGCGUCUGCUGCGCCCCGUCACACUUUACAUGCUGCGUGUCCAUCUCGCCGUCAUGUCGUGUUUCGCUCUCACACCAGGUA